AUGGCUCAUAACGUAGGCUCCCCGUACAACCUCCACUCCGAGGUAGACACGGAUGAACAAUUCAGUACUCUUAAAGAGAAGUAUUAUGUGUCCGAACCUUACCGUCCUCCGCAUACCCCCGUAAUUAGUAACAAGUUUCACGGAAGUUUUCCUACGUAUUACCACGAUGAUGAUGAUUAUUAUAAUGGAGAAAAUUUUCCUACGGAAGUACCAGGAAGCAGUCAAAAUUCUAAAUCUGGCGAAAAUAAAACGGGGAAAAUCCAAAAUAAAACGGAGAAAGUUGAAAAUAAAGCGGAGAACGUGGAAAACACAAAUCAAAUGUUGACUCUCUUCCAAGUGGUUAUGAUCAUCGUUCUUCUGAUGCGAUUAGGCAGAAAAAGGUGCACCAGACUAAAGGAGAAGCAUGAAGCCAGGAAGAAACUAUUAAAAUUCCUGGACAAAGUGAACGAAAGAAUUAAAAAGGACGAUCUUAAAAUGGAGAACAAGUUAAAGAAAUUGGAGGAAAAAAUAAAAAGGGAAGAAAGAAAAAUGGAGAUAAAGUGGAAAGAAGAAAGAACAAGAACCAUGCGAAAAAUAGCCAAGAAUCCUUCCAAGGACAUUUUGCCUGGAAUAGGCCCAUUCUACGACAAGGACAAACGACUUUUGGAUAAAAAAUUGGACGUUGUAGGUAUUAAUUAUGAAAAGUAUAAAUUUAAUAAAAAAAAGCGAUGGAAUGCUAUGAAAGCACGCUAUCAUAAGAAUCUCAAAAAGGUACAUAGUAGACAACAAAAGAGGAAACAGAUGAAGUGCCGACAAAUGUAUCGGUUUGAAAAAAAGUGGAAUUUCGGACCCACAACAAUGAAGAGGUACUUGCAACAGAAACGACAGGAAUGCGAGUUAUAUAAAAGGAAUUGUGCGAAAAGGGCGUUACAAGAAAAAGAAAAAGAAAAAAUAAAGGCGAUGGUUGAGGCUGAAAGAGCAGAAGCGGCUCAAAGAGCAGAAACGGCUCAAAGAGCAGAAACGGCUCAAAGAGCAGAAGCAGCUCAAAGAGCAGAAGCGGCUAAGGGUUCAGGAUCACCUAAAGGAAAAGACAAGGAUGAAAAAGAUGAAUCCGAUGAUGACUCUGACGAUGAUGAUGAUGAGUAUGACGAUGACGACGAGGAUUACGAUGAAGAUUAUGAAGAUGAUGAAGACUAUUAUUUUACGAAUUUCGAUGAUGAGUAUUAUGAUGAUUUUGAGGAUUAUUACCAUCACCACUCCACACAGUACGGAUACGACGACGAGGAUGAUUAUUAUUAUUAA